AUGGCCGACUCUGACUCUUCCUCGUUGUCUUCUGCUCCAUCCUCCGACGAUGAGGAAAUGGCCCAGAAAAUGGCGUUGAAGCCCUCGGGAUUGGAUCGAUAUUUCAAGCCGGCGCCCAAACCUGAAGCGACCCCCGAACCUCCCAAACGCGCACCCUCACCACCCCACGAGUAUACUCUGGCCGAUAACCCGGCGAUUGCCUUCCUUGUUAUGUUCAGGAGCCGAUUUAGCGACGUGUUUCCCAAGUCCCUACCGAACUACGGGCCGCAGGACAUUGAGAGAGGGGUGGCCGGAGAACUUCCCGACGAGCAAGUGGAGAGACUCUUGUGUGCGCUUUUAGGUCUUGUCUUGAACAGAAAGAAAGAUGUCGAACGCGGACACUAUGGCCGGGCACUUGAAGAUGCGCUCUCUACACAUCACAGCCAAUGGCCAACCGAGUGGAAGGGCGUUAAUCCUAUCCACGGAGGGAAAAAUUUCAACAACAUGAGCCCAGAUGAACGACUGAGCCUGCUAAAAGCCCUUGCUCUCUGGUCUCUCAAUUCCUCCGACGCCGUGCAGGCGCUCAUCAAAGAGUCGUACAAGCAGACACGUCGGGACGACGACCGGAACCAGCCGCGCAGCGUUCAACCGUGGUUUUCAGACCAAUAUCGUCGAAAGUAUUGGCUCAUUGAGGGUCAAGAUGACUCGCAUUUUCGAAUUUACAGAGAAAAUGACGGCAAGACUGCAAAGACAAACACGUGGUUCAGCGUCGCUGGUUCAAUUCCAGAGGUCAUAGCCCUGGCAGACAAGUUCGCCGAAGAACACAGCUCCAAUUCGAAAGUGAUUAGCGACAAGCUAAGGGCAGCCAUUCCGAGAUUUGAGGCUGGUGAAGAGAAGCGCAAACGUCGCGACUACCGGCUCGCCCGCAAGGCCGCCUUCGCUCGACCAGAACCCGGCUUCUCACUAUACGAGGGACGAACACGCGGAAAGAGAAUGAGAUAUACAUAUUCAGACGAGGAUGAUGCGUCGGAUGGACUCUCUAGCAAACGCUCCACACGUAAUUCCGGUAUCUCUACCCCCCUAGAGACCGGACCGACCGUGACCGCCAGUGGCAGGCAGGUCAAGUCGCGGGUGGGUGGUAUGUAUGGGGAAAGCAUCUUGAUUGACCAGCGCAAGGAGUUGGAAAGAGCAACGGGCGAAGGCCACUUCACAGAAACAAGUGACGACAUGCCCACCACCAUGCCGGCCUCGCGGAAUGUAAGAACAUCGAGGUCAGGAAGACAAGUUAAACCGACGAGACAGGGAUAUGCCGACGGCGGGGAUUCGGACGAGAGCGACGAAGCCCAGUCAUCAGGUAGAGAAUGGAGUGGAAAUGAAGACGAGCCAGACGAGUCAGAGCCGGACUUUGACGGGGAGGAUGAAGGCGACGACGACGACGAGGAUAUGACUGAUGAGGGCCUCGAACCAGACGAGGUGGAAGAAAGCUUGGUCGUGCAACUACGGUAUCGAAAAGACGCUGAGAAUGCUACGCCCACAACAACACAAGCUCCAACAGCACCACCUCCUUCCCAUGCAACGAAUGGAAAUUCAGCUUCUAUCAAUGGUUUGCAACAAGUGCAAGCUGCGCCGAGGCCCCUUCAAUCCCUAGGAGAAACGAUGGAUACGAUUAAUGUUGCCCCACGAAGCAAUGGGCCCGAUGGCAGCCAUCCCAACUUCCUUAAUGGUGUGAAGGUGACGGACCACGACUCUCCUCGACCACUCCCGGCAGUUCAUAUCCCGCUCCAGCCCAUGGACAUCUCUUAG